CGAACCUAUCGGACGUGUUCGACUGAUAACUCGUCAGAUAAUUUUUUUUAUUUUUUUGUAUUUUUAGCAAAAAAAUAACAAUAUUGUUGCCACUUGAACGAAAAAAAAGUACAAUAGAAGAAAAAGUUGAACCUUUUUCCGAACAAAACCAACAAAGUGUGAAAAGAAUUUUUGAAUGAUGUAAAUGAGAUGAAAUUAAAUUUCACAAAGAAUUAAAAGGAAAAGUGAAAAAUUAACGAAAUUUUGUAAGAAAAUACCAAAAAAAGAGUAAAAAUGACUGAAACAGUUCCAUGCAGAGGCAGCAUCCUCGGAAGUCUUCUUCCCGCGCGUUACAUUUUAGCCGUUCUGGGAUGCAUCGCUAUGGCCAUUGUCUAUGGGUUGAAGGUAAAUUUGAGUGUUGCGAUGGUUGCCAUGUUGAACCAUUCAGCACUCGCGCACGGAGCAUCGCAUCACGAAGCAGCUGUCGCCGAUCCAAAUGCCGAGGAAGCCUGCAAAGCCCCCGGAAAUGCCACAGAAACAAUGGAAGAUGGACCAUUCGACUGGAGCGAACCCUUACAAGGCACAAUUUUAAGUUGUUACUUCUGGGGAUACUUUGUUUCGCAAAUGCCCGGAGCCAGAAUUGCUGAAUUGUUCUCCGCGAAAUGGGUUAUGUUCUUUUCCGUCGCCAUUAAUGUCGUUUGUGCGCUUUUGACGCCGUUGGCUGCUGAAAUGCAUUACGUUGCGAUGAUUGUGAUGCGUAUCGGACAAGGAAUUGGAGGAGGAGUAACUUUUCCCGCCAUGCACGUGAUGUUGUCAAAUUGGGCGCCCCCUAGCGAGAGAUCCGUAAUGUCGGCGAUCACGUAUGCCGGAACUGCAUUGGGAACUGUCAUAAGUAUGUUCCUUGCGGGAAUUAUCGCUGGCACGUUGGGAUGGGAGGCAGUUUUCUACGUGAUGGGCGGUUUGGCGUCAAUUUGGUUGUUUUUGUGGGUUUGGUUGAUUCAAGAUACGCCCGCGAAACAAGCGCUCAUGAGUCAGGAGGAACGUGACAUGAUCAUUAAUGGUUUGGCAGGCGGCGAAGCAACUGCUGUCGCUGAUCCGCAUGGCGGAGGCGCAAAACCCAAAGGUCCCGUGCCAUGGGGAAAAAUUUUCACCUCCGGACCCUUUUUGGCGAUUCUCAUUGCUCACACGUGCUCGAAUUGGGGAUGGUACAUGUUGCUUAUCGAGUUGCCGUUCUACAUGAAACAAGUUUUGGCAUUCAAUAUCAAGGAAAAUGCGGUCGUUACGGCAAUUCCCUUCCUCACGAUGUGGUUCUUCAGCAUGGUUUUGAGCAAAACGCUCGAUACGUUGCGCGGCAAAGGCAUGAUUACGACGACGACGGCUCGUAAAGUUGGUACUUUCUUCGCGUCGUUUGUGCCAAUGUGUUGUCUCUUCGCCCUUUGUUACAUCGGAUGUCAACGAGGACUUGCUGUUAUUCUCAUGGGAGUUGGAAUCACGUCGAUCGGAGGCAUGUUCUGCGGUUUCCUCGCCAAUCAUAUCGAUAUUGCGCCAAAUUAUGCGGGAACUUUGAUGGCAAUCACAAAUACCGUCGCAACAUUGCCCGGAAUUACUGUUCCUGUCUUUGUCGGUCAAAUUACGCAUGGAAAUCAGACAAUUGGCGCAUGGCGAGUCAUUUUCCUUGUGACAGUCGCUUUGUAUGUCGUCGAAAUUUUGGCUUACAUGUUCAUGGGAAGCGGCGAGGAACAAGCUUGGAAUAAGCCACAAACGAAUCGCUCGACCGGAGUCGAAAACGGCGAAGGAGGAGAAGUUACGCCCUUGAAUGUGAGAGAAAAUAAGAACAAAACGUACGAUAAUUAAUGGAAAAUAUCCGGAGAAAUCAAUUAAAUGUCUAAAUAAAAAUGAAAACUGAAUGUAGAACUCAUCACUGUUAGAUUAGGACAAAAAAAAAUAACAAGAAGACAUAUUAAAUGUGCUGCCAUCUCCUUCAGUUCUUUUCGAAAAAGCUUUAAAAAUUACCGAAUAUUUUAAGAAAAUAGCUUUAGAUGUCACUUUUAUGUUUUACGUAAUUAUUUACAAUAGAAACUCAAAAAAUGCACAUUUCUGUAAAAAAAAUUACAAAUUUAUUUUAAUAUUUUGUUAGAAUUCAAUGAAAAAUAAA